AUGGCCGGGACGUCGCGGCGAUUGGUUGUGACCAAGCAACCCCCGUCCGAGUUUUACAAGGACGAAGGUGGACGCUCCAACUACCUCACGACCGAGAUCUCGCUGCUCGAGUUCAAUUGCAAGAAGGAGCUCGUGCGGUCGUCGUCGCGGGCGUUCACCCCGAUCCCUCUUCGCGUCAGCCUCUACUACGAGUCGGGCAAACGUGUGGACGAGAGCGACCAAGACAUUUUCCGCUUUGUUGGCGACGAGUACGACGCGAUCGUGAUUCGCGACGACACGCGCAGUGCGACGAUUCACUUUCGACUGGAGAAGGUGAGCCGGCGCAAGGACGGGCAGCGCUUCAAGCUCAAGAUUGAGCCCUAUGUGGAGCAGUGCCCUGUCAACUUGGACGACCUCGCCCCUGUGUUUACAACAGCAAUCUGUGUCCUCUCGAAGCGCAAAUACCCGAGCCAAGAUGCGUCGCACCGUGCCAAAAUCCUCAAGACGCUGCCUGGUAUGUAA